AUGGCGGAAUAUCAUGCCUCCUCCGCGUACGGCGGGAACACAUACCCUGGAGGAUCACGUCAACCGGCGCGAGGCUACGACAAUUCAGCUAAAGGGUACCCUACGAGUAUCUCUGAAACUGCAUCAACAUAUUCUCAGGGUAGCAGAUCUGAGAACUCAGCUCCAACAAUUCCCGGAAUGGAGCAUCUGUCUAUAAACAGUCGUCUCAGUGGGCCGGAGCAUAUCGACGCAGCCGACUUCUACCGUUUCCAUUCACAACCGCCCAAUGCAAACUGGAGACAAGAAAAUACAACACCGGGUCCCGCUCCGGUGUGUAAAAUAUGCUUAGUAACAUCUUGUGUUAUGAAUGGAGGAUCGAAAGAAGCUGAAAGGUUAAAAACAACAAUGGCGAAAAUGAAAGCAGCCCGUUCGAAAGCUCAAAUGUUAAUGCUCGGAAUGGAAUAUAUGGAACCAUAUAUUGAAGCCUACGAUAAUCUCUGGAAGUCAGAUGAAUCCAACAUCAGAACCAAAAUCAAAGAAAAUCUAUCCGUCCCAGGUGGGAAACUAUUCGCAGAAACUUCACAAGGGCUAAGCCCAGUUACUAUUUUCACAUCUCUGGGGAAAACUGAACUCGUUGCGAUUUUACUGCACGAAGGUGUCGACAUCAAUGACGCGCCAGGAGGAAGGGGAAAACCAUUGGGACAUGCAGCUGCAUGGUUGGGAAACGAUGAUCUUGUGGAGAUGCUACUAGCCGCGGGCGCAGAUCCUAACUCGGCAACUGAUCGCGGUGUAACUGCCCUCCAUGUUGCUGUCUCUGUUGGAAACAUAAAAGCAGUCAAACAAUUGGUAAACGCCGGAGCGGAUAUUGAUGCAAAAUUGGUGAAUUUCGGUGGUGUUCAUAGUUUGCCAGUUUUUAGCAAACUGCGGGAUAGCCACAUGGCAACAUAUGGCAAAAUUAUCGAUUUUCUAGUAGAGAGCGGUGCGAGUACAGAUUUACAUGAUACUACGCAAUGGACACCUCUUCAAUACAUCUGUAUAUCGGGAUCGGUGGAGCUGGUCAGGCGGUUGACAGAAAUAGGGGUACCUAAAGAGCCCUUAGUGGCCUUAAGGAAACUAGUCGCUUCUGACUGGGUCAUGAGCGGCUAUUACAAGAACUGGGAGAUCAGGCUUGAAGAGGACGCUUGA